AGUGACUUCCAGGGUAGGCUCCAAAGCUACAGCGAAACCCUAUCUCGAAAAACAAACGAUAAAAAGAUUUGACUCAAGCAAGUUCCCCUAGCGGAGGACACCGAUCUUAGAGGCGGGAAAGCUUAGGGCUCAUUGGCUCAGUAGAUGUAAACGACAGAGCCUGGGGCCAAUCAGCGAAGGCACUAAUACUACCGCUUCCUGUCUGGGCUACGGUCCUGAACCACAAUCCCCUUGCUCGAAAGGAAUGGCGGGCGUCAGGGCUUGGUCCUCGCUUGCCGUUUCCCUCCGAUCUUCAUGAAUAUUCCUUCAGUGGUUUCAUUCGCGUCCGCUGGUGUCGGCGCUCAAAGGAGACUUCAGCCCACUCGCGGGAGCGGCCCGCAUGGACUCACGGAGGAUUCACAGGGACAGACAGAUAAUGCAGCUGUAGCCCCUUGGAAGGCCAGACUUUCCUGUUUGCAAUCAUCUCCUUGGGUUGCAGCCUUAACCUUCCAUCCUGCAGGCCACGCCCCAGCCAGGUGGCUACCCACAGAAGACUCUGUGAAUAUGGCCAAGGAACAGCAUGGGACCUGGUUUGGCUUUGGUUUCUGCGGCUUUGGGCAAGUGCUGGGUUCUGGGAAUGGGCGCCAUUCGGUGCACAGUCCCGAACCACUGCGUGCCAGUGAGGACGUUUGCCGAGUGAGUGCUAGCUGGAGCUACACCGCCCUGGUGACCCGUGGAGGCCGGGUGGAGCUGUCAGGCUCCGUGAGCAGCUCAGCAGAUGGCUGCCGGGAUGCGUGGGCUUCCGAGGGACUCCUGGUGGUGUUGCGUGACAAGGACGGGUCCAGCACAGAGCUGCGCGCCUGGACACCAAGCUCGGCAUUGCAGGGGGAGCCCCUCUGGGUCCAGAACCUGGUUUCUGGGGCAGACGACCCAGGGGAAGAUGAACCCAGCAGCGAGACUAGGGCGAGUACCCUACCGCUGCUGCCCCGUGCCCAUGCCUAUGUGAACCCGCAGCCCCCCUUCUGCCAGCCUCUGGCCCCAGAGCUGCGGGUGCGCCAGCUGGAACUGGGUGCCGAGCAUGUGCUGAUGCUGUGCGAAGCCGGUCAGGUGUUUUCCUGGGGUGGAGGCAGGCACGGACAGUUGGGCCACGGGACGCUGGAGGCGGAGCUGAAGCCAAGGCUGUUGGAAGCCCUGCAAGGCCUCUGGAUGGCUGAGGUGGCUGCGGGUGGCUGGCACUCUGUGUGUGUGAGUGAAACUGGGGAUAUUUAUAUCUGGGGCUGGAAUGAGUCAGGGCAGCUGGCCCUGCCCAUAAGGAACCCUACAGAGGACAAGAGAGUAAGCAGGGCAGCUACAGAAUUGAAUGAAGAUUGUCUCGAAGAGGAAGCAGCUAUGACUGAUCUUGGGGCUCCUGCCCCCUUCAUAGCCAUCCAGCCCUUCCCAGCUCUUCUGGAUCUUCCCCUGGGCUCAGAUGCAGUCAAGGCCAGCUGCGGAUCCCGACACACAGCCGUGGUAACACGAACAGGAGAACUCUAUACCUGGGGCUGGGGUAAAUAUGGACAGCUUGGCCACAAGGACAGCAGCAGCUUGGACCGACCCUGCCGUGUGGAAUACUUUGCUGAAAAACAACUCCAAGUGAGGGCUGUUACCUGUGGACCCUGGAACACUUAUGUGUAUGCAGUGGAGAGAGAAGAAAUCUGACCCAUGUCAUGUGAACCCCCAGGUUGCUAAUGGAGCCUAGGUGAGAAUGAACUGUCAUAAGCACAUGCCAACAUAAGUUUAGAGUCAGGGAUGCAGAUAUAAACGUUUACUUUUGGAACAGGGCUAGGGAUCAAAAGAACCCUAGAUCUUCUGUGUGCUGGACAAGCAUCAAUAGCUAAGUUAUAUAUACCCUAGCCCAGCUUUACUAGUUGCAAAAUGAGAAAAUACAUGAAUAAAAUGGUAUUACCCAAAUGAGAAAGACUCUUAAAUCUUUUAAUCAGUAGGCCAAAGCAACCAUUGAUUUGGAGAAAAAAACGUUUUCCAAAGGUAACUAUAUACAUUUUAUUUUAAUAUAUUUAAAAAGAGAACAUAUAUAUGAGUAAAAGACAGCAUGUUGACAGACUGGGUUUUGAAGAAUCAUUUACUAUGUUGGCACAGGCACAGAAUAAAUAAUAGUGCUUUGGGAAGAGUAGUGAUCCUCUGGGUGCUUAAAGAAAGAGCCUGGUGGGUGUGGUUGCAGGAACACUGCCUUUUAGAUGUGCAAAGUUGCUAAUGUCCAUGACCAAAAUGGCCCAAACCACCCAGAAAGCCUCUCCAUUUUGUUGUCAACUACAAGAAUAACAAGAGUAACUGCGUAGUGAGCACAGGGAU